AUGUUUGUUGUAGCUCUUCCAGAACGUAAAGCGGACGCAGAAAACCCAAGUGAUUACAUCAAUGAAUAUAGAAGGGUUCCUCCAAAUUAUUGGACAUGUUGUGACAUUUUCAUCACCUAUUUUAUUGGGCUUGUCUUGGAAGCAUUUGGAUUAUUAAGGAUAUUAAAGAGUUUGUGGAAGAAGAAACAAAAGCAUGUCUGGUGCGCUCAAAUACUGGAUGAACUUUGGAAGCAUAAAAAUGAAGCAUACGUUGGAGGUGGCCUCAAAGCCUUUUGGAUAUCCAAACCUAGUUGUACGGCCAAUGACGACCGAAAAGAGGAGGAUAAAAGUGAACAGGGGAAAGAUGAGUCAGCAUUGUUUAUUGCAGCGAAAAAUGGGGUGUUGGAAAUAUUGAAGAAAAUUCUGAAAGACAAACCAGGGUCGAUCCACGAAACUAACUCGCUAGACCAAAAUGUAUUGCAUGUGGCUGUUGAGAACAGGCAACCUCACGUAUUUAAGCUUCUGACGAAGCACCUCCGGGAGAAGAUGUUGUGGGAAAACUUCGCCGGACGUGUCGACAAAAACGGCAACACCGUCCUCCACUCGGCGGCACAAUUCUCCAGUUGCAAGCCCUGGCACAUUGCUGGUUCUGCCUUGCAAAUGCAAUGGCAAGUUAAAUGGUUUCUGUUUAUGAAGGAGAACACGCCUCACCAUUUGCGGUUUCUCCAAAACCAUAGCAACGAGACACCGCAGGACAUUUUCGUAAGUGCUCACAAGGAUCUUGUGAAAGAAGGCACCGACUGGCUCAAGAGCACGUCGGAGUCGUGCUCCGUCGUGGCUGUGCUUAUUGCAGGUGUGGCUUUUGCGACGGCCACCGCUAUCCCCGGCGGUACUCAGGAGGAGACCGGAAAACCUAACCUGCAACACCACCCGGCGUUCAACUUGUUUGCAUUCACUUCCCUCUUGGCUCUCUGCUGCUCCAUCACCUCUCUCAUCAUGUUCCUCUCCAUCCUCACUUCCCGCCAGCAGCCUCGAGAUUUCCGCAGAGAUUUGCCUCUCAAACUUCUUUUGGGGUUGAGUUGCCUCUUCAUGUCCAUCGCUUUAGUCUUGGUUUCUUUCUCUGCUGCGUUCUUCUUUUUGCCCAAGGACAACCUCCAGCAGGUUGUUUUCCCGCUCUAUGCUGUCACUAUCUUGCCUGUUACUUUCUUUGGCGUCGCUCAAGUGCCCCUCUACAUCGAUCUCGUCAGAGCAAUUUUCUUAAAGGAUCCCCAGUCCUGUAAUAGGGAAUCUGAAAAGCUUAUUCUCUUAGACUCUUACCAUUGAGGUUUGUAA